GUCCAUCAUCUGCAUGGAAACACAUCUAUGGAGAGGAGAUCCAGCCUGCUGAGGCUCCAUCUGAAUCACUGCAGCUACAGUGGAUGUUUGAGUGACAGGACUGAAGCAGUGAUGUGGGGCCGGCUGGACUUCAUUCCACAGACGAGCUCUAACAGAGUGCGGAGCUGAACUCUGAGCAGUGUGAGAGUGUCAGCACAGUGAGAGCUGCUGACAGAGGAACAUGAAGAUGUUGGUGGUGUUUGUGAUCCUCCUGCACGUUUCCCAGCAUGCCCUGGCUGUGGUGGUGGAGGUGUAUGAGAAGGAAAGGUCUGUCCUGCUGCCCUGUCAGUCCUCAGGUUCUAUGUCUGAUGGCCCCACAGUGAUGUGGACUCGCAGUGAUCUCGAUCCCAAAUCUGUCCACCUGCUCCGAGAAGGAGGAGAUGAUCUUAGAGGACAAAACCAGCGUUACAGCGGACGCACAUCAGUGAGGUCUCAUGCUCUGGACUCUGGAGACUUCAGCCUCACUCUGAGAGAACCACAACUGACUGACAGCGGCAGCUACACCUGCUCCAUCAGUGCUGGAAGACAGGAACAGAGACUGACAGACAUCCAGCUGCAGGUCAAAGACCAGUACGUGGAGGUGAAGGUGGAGGAAGGCUCAGAGUCUGUCAUCCUGCCCUGCAAAACCACACCUGACCUGCCCGAGGACACCAGGGUGGAGUGGACUCGCUCUGACCCAGAACCCGUGUACAGAAUCCAAACAAAGAUGAAUGAAGACCUGCUGAGAACUGGAGACCUCAGUCUGACCCUGAAACAGCCCACAGAGAGAGACACAGGAGGAUACAUCUGCACCAUCUACAGGGACAAAGACAUCCUGAGACAGAAACUAGUGCUGCAGGUCAAAGAACCAUUUCCAUUCUGGGCCAAAGCUCUCCUGGUUGUCCUGGUUCUCCUGGUUCUUCUUCUGGUUUCUGGAGGUCUUUUAUAUCAUUUUUGGCACUAUUUCAUGACAAUCCCCAAGGUGAAGGUUAAGUCAGAGGUGGAGUCUGUCCAGCUGCCCCUCAAAACCACAGUUCAGCUGCCUGAAGAUGCUGAAGUAGAGUGGACGGACAUAAUUGGCAGGGAGGUCCACCUGUAUCAGAACAGCUCUGCCCAGCAUGAAGAACAGCACAGACGUUACAGAGAAAGAACAGAGAUGAAUGAAGACCUGCUGAGAACUGGAGACCUCAGUCUGACCCUGAAACACCCCACAGACAGAGACACCUAUACCUACAUCUGCACCGUCUACAGCGAGGAGGGAAACAUCCUGCUGAGGAAAGAAGUGGAGCUGAAAGUCAAAGUCUGUAAGGUAGAUGUGAAGGAGGGGGCGGAGUCUGUCCAGCUGCCCUUCAAAACCACACAAACCCUGCCUGGAGAUGCUGCAGUGCAGUGGGAGCGUUAUCAACCUAUACCAAUCAAGUGGGUCCACGGGUACGAGAACAGGUCUGACCAGCCUGACAAACAGAACCAGGUUUACAGAGGCCGAACCGAGAUGAAUGAAGACCCGCUGAGAACUGGAGACCUCAGUCUGACCCUGAUGUACCCCACAGAUGGAGACAGUGGGAGAUACAGAUGUGGAGUCUCACUUGAUAACUUCCAAAUCACAGUAAAAUCAGUGCUGCUCAAAGUGAAAGUCUGUCAGGUGGAGGUGGAGGAGGGGGCGGAGUCUGUCCAGCUGCCCUUCAAAACCACUGAAAACCUCCCUGGAGAUGCUGAAGUGCAGUGGUGGUGCGUUGCUCCAUUAAAGUGGGUUCAUGUCUAUAAGAACAGCUCUGACCAGCCUGACAAACAGCACCAGGAUUACAGAGACCGAACGAAGAUGAAUGAAGACCUGCUGAGAACUGGAGACCUCAGUCUGACCCUGGAUCAGCCCACAGAGAGAGACAGUGGAGAAUACAGAUGCGGAGUCUACAUUGCUGGUGACAUACUGAGAUACAAAACAGUGGUGCUCAAAGUCAAAGGGAGAGCUCAGGUCCAGGAUCAAACAGGGAUCAUCAGGAACAGAAGCAGCUCCACUGAUCCGACUGCUCUGAUGGCUGAUCAAUCAGUUUGAUCUAUCUGUUCUCUGAUUAUUGAUCAGUGAUGUCAGAGUGGAGUCAGUGUGAUGUUGUUGUGUGUUUGAGUCUUUUAGUGUCCAUGAAGGUCUCUGCUGCCGUAGAUCCUCUGAACUAUGACAGAGGUCUCACUCUGGAGGAAACUCUCAGCACUUUCCAGCAGCUCCUCCAUCGUGGAGGACGUUCCCUCACUGGAACAGGUGGAGGAGAGAGGAGAGGAAGCACAGGUGGAUGCUCUGAGGAAGAGGAGGGGAUUUAUGUAUCUGGUUUGUUAAUAAAUUUAAUUUUGUAAUCUUUCUUCUGUAACUAUGAAUCCAUGGGUGAAGGCAAAUGAUCCACUGUGGCAACUGCAGAAUGGAGGAGCCGAAAGAAGAUGAUUUACUUAUGAUUUUACUUUCACUCCUAUUUUAAGGCUCAUCUCAAACAACCCAGACCUGUGAUCACUUUUUAACUCAGUAUUCUUUACAUUUAUCUUUUGUUGUAAAUUAUCAUGUGACCUUCUUAGGGACUACACAUUGAAAUGAACAGCUUAACAAAAAUCUGACAGAUUUAUAUCUUAUAUUUUAACAUGCACUGUUCCUGUUAAAAAAUUUAAAAUAGGGACAGCGCUUGACUGGGGUCGUGAAUCGCCACUUUAUCGUGGUGGAGGGGUUUGUGUGUCCCAGUGAUCCCAGGAGCUAUGUUGUCCAGGGGCUUGUCCCCGUAGUAGGGUCUCCCAUAGCAAAUUGGUCCAGGGUGAGGGGCCAGACAGCGAUUGGAAAGACCUCUAUGGAAGGAUAGGGUUACCAGGGCCCCACCCUGAGGAGGGAGCUCCAGGAAGAGCGUGUGGUGAGAGUGAAGAGAAGACAUGAGUCCUACUCUUUCCCUCCAAUAGUGGUGGAUAUCUGUAACUAUAUAUAUUUCACACACUGCCUGUACUAUUUUGUCCCUAAUAACCCCAUGUACUCUUUGUGCUUUCUCUUCCCUUAUACUGUCGAUAUUUUCUCUCCUCCUUCUUCUGCUUGUACUUCUUCUCUCCCUAGCUGUCUUUAUCAGCUUCUUAUAUGGUCUAUAACUUUUCCCCCCACAUUUAGCAGUAAUUAUUCUGCUCCUCAUAUGUAAGUAUGGUUAAUGUGGUCUCUUAACGGACCUCUACUUUGUCCUUACUAUGUGUAUUAUUGUAUGGGGAUAUAUUUACUCGUAUUGUUUAUCACUUAUACUUUGUAGUGUCAUUAGUUUUAUUACAUGAGCACUUAUUAUUCUUACUAGGGAUGGAACGAUACCACUUUUUUUUUAUGUCAGAUACCGAUAUUUUACAUUUGGAUAUCGCCGAUACGAUACCAAUCCAAUCUUUUUUGUAUUAUUAUUUUUUUAAAUUGUUUUUAAAUGCCUGCAUCAAUUUUACAUAAGUCAACAGUCUCACACACAACAAAAUCAAAAUC